AUGCAGGCCAAACGUACACUGAAAGCCCAGAAGCUUCAAGAGGAGCUAGCAUCAGGAAAGCUGGAGCAAGUGGAAAGAGAUCAUAACAGUGAAGAUGAAGAUGAAGAUAAAUAUGCAGAUGACAUUGAUAUGCCUGGACAGAACUUUGAUUCUAAAAGACGUAUCACAGUUCGAAAUUUACGUAUUCGGGAAGAUAUUGCAAAAUACCUGAGGAAUCUAGAUCCAAACUCUGCUUAUUAUGAUCCCAAAACAAGAGCAAUGAGGGAGAAUCCCUAUGCAAAUACUGGCAAGAAUCCAGAUGAAGUUGGUUAUGCAGGUGACAACUUUGUCCGUUACACUGGAGAUACCAUUUCAAUGGCACAGACUCAGUUGUUUGCUUGGGAGGCUUAUGACAAAGGCUCUGAAGUUCAUCUUCAAGCAGACCCUACAAAAUUAGAGCUACUUUAUAAGUCCUUCAAAGUGAAAAAAGAAGAUUUCAAGGCACAGCAGAAAGAAAGCAUCCUGGAGAAGUAUGGAGGACAAGAACAUCUAGAUGCUCCACCUGCUGAAUUGCUCUUGGCUCAAACAGAAGAUUACGUGGAAUAUUCUAGGCAUGGAACAGUCAUCAAAGGACAAGAGAAAGCUAUUGCUUGCUCUAAAUAUGAAGAGGAUGUAAAGAUCAACAACCACACAUGCAUUUGGGGCUCAUACUGGAAAGAAGGCAAGUGGGGUUAUAAAUGCUGCCACUCGUUUGUCAAGUUCUCUUACUGUACAGGAGAAGCUGGGAAAGAAAUUGCUAACUCGGAAGCAAGCUUAUCAGAAGACCAAACCAGGGAUGAAGAACACGUGACAAAACCCAAAACCCUGAUGGAGAUUCACCAAGAAAAACAGAAAGACAAGAAAAAGAAGAAACACAAGAAGAGCUCAAAUUCAGAUAGUGAGGGUGAAGAGAAAAAGAAGCAAGAAAAACUUAAAAAGGCAUUAAAUGCAGAAGAAGCUCGUCUUCUCCAUGUUAAAGAAAUCAUGCAGAUAGAUGAGAGGAAGAGACCCUAUAACAGCGUGUAUGAAACCAGGGAGCCAACAGAGGAGGAAAUGGAAGCCUAUAGAAUGAAACGUCAGAGACCUGAUGAUCCCAUGGCCUCUUUUCUUGGACAGUAACCAGGGUGAAAAUCAUUCCAAUGCUCAGGACAAUUUCAUACUUGCUCACAGAUCUCUAGAUGCUCACUUACCUUCCAUGUGUGUAACAGAUGCCAGAAAUGGCAGAGUUUCUUUUCUUGUGUCA